AUGAAGGAGUCGUUGGGUGGCGGGGUGUUUGGUUCGUUAGGGACGUCGGCCCCAGAGGGUGGGGAGCGCCGCGAGGGGGGCAAGCGCGGACGACGGCCCGGCAGGAAGGCGCAGCUCGACAAACAGGACAUGAAGGCCAAACUAGAUCAUCGUUACAUGCUUGCAGAGCGCAGCAGGCAGUCGGCGCGUGAGUGCCGUGCUCGCAAAAAGCUCCGCUACCAGUACCUAGAGGAGCUGGUCGCUGACAGAGAGAGAUCAGUGCUGACAUUGAGGAAAGAACUGGAUAAGUAUUACAAAUGGAACCAGGAGUUAGACCAAGGCAGGAUGCCCGAAGGUCUCGAAGCGAUGCUUCAAGAAAUGGGUAUUGUCAAACAGGAGGAGGCAAAGCCAUUUUAA